AUGGAUUACGAAAACACCACUGUGGCUUCUGGCCAAAUCCUGCUAAAUAACCGAUCGGAUUGGCCGUAUUGGUUUGCUCAGCUAGAGCUUCACGCUCGCGAUACAGCAAUCUGGGAUCAAAUUGAUCCAGAGGCUGAAACUGUACCACCGAUCGAUGAGCAGGAACCAGAAUACCCAGAACUUCCACCCAAGCCUCUGCAAGAAGGUACUCCCUCAGAGAUUGAUGAUUUGGACGACUUGGGCAAUCAAACCCAACGUAUGACGCAGGAGUACUACGAUCAAGCAGUCCAAGAUCACCCUGAGGCAGUGCGGAAGUACAAGGUGGCCACAUCCAAAUGGACACGCAAUGCCGCCAAGCUAAGCAAUAUCCGGAACUGGAUCAACAAAACGGUAUCAGCCGAUCUCAUGGCCCCUGCCUCGAUUAAAUUGCUCAACUCUCGGCAAUCGACUCUCCAAGCCCUGAUCAGAGUCUUGAAGGCCGAUCUUGCACCAAUGAGUAGUAAUACUCAGAACCUUGUAAGGCAGCAAUAUCGCGCUCACCUGGAAAAAUCCCGAUCAGGACGCGUUUCACCAGACAAAUGGUUUAAUGAGUGGCAGGUGCUCUAUGGAAAAGCACAGGCAUUUGGUAUCCUGGAUAUCGAAGGAGAUCUUGCUCUUACAGAUUUCCUGAAUGCUGUUUCUCAUAGGAUCGCUCCUGAAUGGGCCUGA